AGACAAUUGAUCAGCACUCAGAGCCAAAAAAUGCUACUAUGGUAUGGAGAUGUUACACAAGGUAAACCAUCCUAUACAACGACUAGUACGUAGAUGACCCAGAGAAUUAGACCGGCUUAUCCUUUACAGUCACAUAGAGGGAAGCUGCUAAAUAAGGCAAUGGCCGCUACAAGAUUCGCCCAGUACCUGCCUCCUGAUAAAGAAGAAGAGUUAGCUAACAUUGCGAAGAGGUUAACUGCACCUGGGAAAGGAAUUCUAGCUGCAGAUGAAUCUGUUAGCACGUGUGGAAAACGACUGCAAGAAAUCAAUGUUGAAAACACAGAGGAAAACAGACGACGUUAUCGAGAGCUGCUGUUCUCUACCGAUGACUCGCUGGGGGAGAGCAUCUCAGGCGUCAUUCUGUUUGAUGAGACUGCUAGACAGUCGGAUAGCUCUGGAAGGUCGUUCAUCCAGCUGCUGGAGUCCAAAGGCAUUAUCCCAGGAAUAAAGGUAGAUAAGGGCGUGGUUCCCUUGGCUGGCACCCACAAUGAAUGCACCACCACUGGGCUGGACGGCCUGAAAGAGAGAUGUGAGGAGUACAAGUCCAUGGGCAUUCACUUUGCCAAGUGGCGAUGUGUGCUGAAGAUAACCAAGUUCACGCCAUCUUAUCAGGCCAUGUUAGAGAAUGCCAAUGUACUGGCCAGGUACGCCAGUAUAUGUCAGCAAGCUGGACUAGUACCCAUCGUAGAACCGGAAGUACUGCCUGACGGUGACCAUGACCUAGCUACAGCAAGAAGAGUCACCGAAGAAGUGUUGGCCUUCCAGUACAAAGCCCUCGCUGACCAUCACGUAUUCCUUGAGGGGACGCUGCUAAAACCCAACAUGGUGACCGCUGGUCAAGGUUUCACUGGGCGAACCAGCACGGAAGAAAUAGCAAUGGCCACUGUCCAGGCUUUGUACCGUACAGUUCCAGCUGCAGUAGCAGGCGUCGUAUUUCUGUCUGGGGGUCAAGGCGAGGAGAGCGCCACCAUCAACCUGAAUGCCAUCAACAGGGUACCUCUCAGACGACCUUGGCCUUUAACUUUCUCCUAUGGACGUGCACUUCAGGCUAGUGUCUUGACUGCCUGGAGCGGACGUGACGACAACAAAAAGGCAGCACAAAACGAGCUUCUGAAAAGAUCAAAGGCAAACGGUCUAGCAUCACUGGGCGAGUACAAAGGUGGACUAGAGGGCCUCGCCGGAGAGAAGUCUCUGUUCGUCAAAGAUCAUGCCUACUAAAUUGAGCAACACAGCUACUGAUCACAUCGUUACAUGAAUUGUCUGUCACGUGACGUCCCGUGAUAUGUGUCACACCUUAUCUCUAGUCAGACAACAAAACUCACAAAUCUUGCAAACAUUUUCUCUAGACCUUGAACUUCUGCUGGUUUUUCAAAUACUAUCUUUGUUUUUUGCAGGCAUUCGUAAUAGGAAUUCAUAUUUAUUAGGAGAAAAUUACAAAGCAUAAAAUAAAAAAUAAUAAUAUAAUAA